AUGGAUGUAGUGUGUUUGGAAGCUGAAAGAAAAUUUUCAUUAGCCACACCAGUAGAGAAGGCAUUAAAUUUUGAUAUGAAAGCUGCAGGUGAAAAGAGGAAGCUUCAAUUACAUAAACUUGAAGAAAUGCAUUUGCAUGCUUGUGAAUCCUCAAAAUUUUACAAGAGUAAGGUAAAAUCCUACCAUGACAGGAAAAUUGUGCAGAGAAACUUCCAACCAGGCCAGCAAGUGUUAUUGUUCAAUUCCAGGUUAAGAUUAUUCCUUAGAAAGCUCAAGUCCAAAUGGUCAGGUCCCUUUGUGAUCAAAUCAGUCAAACAUUAUGGGGCAGUAGAGUUCGAAGAGCCAAAUUCUGGAAGAUCUUGGAUGGUUAAUGGUCAGAGGAUUACGCCAUAUCUGGGUGGUGAAGUUGAGAAACUUACCAUUGUCAUUCAUCUUAAUGACCCACGAUUGAGUGAAGUGUCAAGCUAA